GCUCUGAUGCCGCCGGGCCCUGGCCAGAAGAGCUACAUCAUCGGCUUCGAGGUCGGGGACGCCAAGAACUUGCGGGUCGAGUCCGGCGCGGCGACCUGUAGCCCGUAUGUCGUCGUCAGCAGCUGUGGGAGGCAACACAGGAGCGAGAUCUUGGAGGACAGAUUGUGUAAGCAGGUUAACUUCAAUGGCGUGAGCAACAUCUGGAUGGAUGUCCUGCUGGACCAGGAGCAGUUCGAUUCAGCCUUCAUAGAGUUCGCCGUGUACGCGCGUGAGUUCUUCACGAGGAACCAGCUCAUUGGCAAGGCGGCGCUGCAGCUGGCCUUCGUGAACAAGAGAGACGGCCAGCUCUUCAGGCUCAAGCCAGUGAACCUCCGAAAGGAGGGCGUCGCGGAGAUCACUGGCAUCCUGACGGUCACCUGCUUCGUGCUCCAGCCUGGCCAGUCGGUCCCCAACUGGAAGACGGAGGCCAUCUCCGAGCGCCGUGACGACGAGGGCCAAGAACAGGACGACCUGCUCGACAUCAACAAGAAUGUGCUCAGGAGCAGGGCUCUGGAGGACGACAACGCCAAGGCCUACAACCUCAAAAUCAACAUCCACAGGAUAGAGCAGCUGCAGCCGAGGAACGGCGUGAAGCUUUCCCCGUUCGUGACAGUCGAGUUUGCUGGACACAGGGUUGAGGUCCCAGCGGCAGUAGAGGUCGAUAGGUACGCCUGGAACGUCACCUGCAGGAUCCCCGUGCAAACGCCCGUCUACGAGGAGACCAUCCUCGUCAAGCUCUGGCACGACCCUCGGAAGGGUGCGAGCUCCUUCCUGAAAGCCCUCGCCCCCGACGAGCUGCUGGCGGUGGGCCAGAUCUCCUUCACGGGGCUCUGGCAGACUCCCCUGCGGCCCAGGUGGUUCUGCCUGUACGGCUGGAAUCCGACCGAGAUCCCCGCCGACGGCUUCAAGGGCGCCGUGCCCGAGGAAAACUACUUUAUAGGCCAGCUGCUGAUCUCCGGAAGCGUCGCGGCCGUGGCCGACAUGGAGGACUUCAACGCCUCCGCCGGCGUCGACGAGAUGACCCAGCUCGCGCAGGACCCGCCGGGGGUGCAGACCUCGCUGAUGGCCAACGUGCACGAGGUGCACGGCGUGGUCGGCCGAUCGUGCAAGGUCGAGCUGCAGUUCGGGGAGGUGUCCGAGCAGUCGGGCAGCGUGACGUCCUGGGUGCGGCCGUCGCAGUACGGCCGCCACGCUCCGGAGCAGGAGGGGGGGGCCUGGGAGCAGGAGGUGGACAAGGACAGGGCGCUGGAGACGGUCACGGGCUUCAUCUUCAACAAGCAAGAGGGGCAGAUGAAGGCGCAGAUGACGGUUGUGCCCGAGGACGUGGAGUCCCAGCCGAAGGUCUUCAUAAAUGUCUGGACCAAAGGCGUGCUCUCUGGCACCAGGCGGGUGGCCUACUGCAUCAUCCCAAGCAUUAGCGAUUUUCCUCUGUUCAAGCCCGGGCAGCCGUCCAAACCCAAAUACUAUACCCUCAAGUGCAUGCCUGGAGCAGAGCGCCAGCGGGUGCCGCCGUCGAUCCUGAUGUCGGUGGAGAGGGCCGUGUUAGAGAUGGUCUUGGAUGACAACAGAAACAUACCGAAGAACAUACUCCAUUCGACUUACGUCCUGCGGGCAUACAUAUUCAUGGCUCGCGGCAUCUCCACGAACGAUCGCGUCGUGUCGACAGAAGACGUGCAAGUCAAAGUCUCCUGUGCUGGUAUUAUGAAGAGCACGAAGCAGAAACACAGCCGGAGUCAAAAGGGCUUCAAGCGCCCACUGUGGAUGACCGUAGUUGAGCUGAGGCUGAGGCUUGUAGCGGAGCACCCUGCAGACCCGCCCAGCAUGGAGCCCAUUCAUUUGACGCUCUACGUCCCUGGUGCGAACAGGGAGAUCGGGACCGCAACCUGCAUGUACGAGUACACGAGGAAGAAAGACUUUGCUGGAACCUGGGAGGAGUACGACCUGCGCCCUCAGUGGGUGAAGAUGUUCGGCGGGGAGCACGACAAGAUGUUGAAGGGCGACAUACUCGUCUCCUUCGAGCUGCUCAACGCCAAGGACGCGCAGGAGGAGCAGCUCCGCGCCAAGGAAAUGUGGCCGCUCCCUGCGAGCCCUCCCAAGCUUGGUGGGCGGCGUCAGCUCGUCGACAAUCGCUGGACCAAAAUGAAGAAGGCGACGCUGAAGUUCGCGCUCUACGGGCUGCGGGGCCUCGUGCCGGAGGAGAGCUCCUGGACUCGCCCAGGCGACUUCCUGGCGACCAGGGGGUUCCCGAAGGUGAGCGUCAGAGUGAAGGCCUUCGACGGCGAGAAGAGCAAGCCUUACAAGCUCGUCUUCAAGCUCCAGAGCGACGAGAAACAGAAGGGGCGCCUGCAGGUGCUCGUGAAGAAGAGGGAGGGGGGGUCGAAGCCUGAGAGCGUCAGCGUGACGGCAGAUUGCAGCGAUCAGCCCCUGAAGUACUGGCCGUCCGUGGACGGCCUCGGCAGGGACGGGAAGAACUACGAGUUCUUCGCGGUCGAGAGCCUGAACAUCACGCUCCCAGCGGACACGGUGCUGGAGCCGAAUGUCCGGAUCAUCGUCAAGGAACAGGCGGGGGACAACAUCUUCAAGACCAGCAUGCUGCAGGGGAAGUCCAGGCUGAUCGGCGAGCACUCGCUGAACCUGUGCGGCCUGCUCCCCUGCAACUGGUACGGCGUCGAGGGCCUGCCUCCCGACGCGACGGGGGAGAACUUCAAGAAGCACAAGGGCGCGAUCGAGAGGGCCAAGGAGGAGGCCAUGAAGAAGACGAAGGCACGGCGGGCAUUCCAGGAGGAGACGCGCACGCUGAAGAAGCCUGCCAGCGAGGAGCGCGGUGCGGGCGCGGCCUCCGGGAGCGGAGGCGCCCGCGGGUCGGAGCAGAGGUUUGCCCUCGAGAGCAGCGAGCUGGUGGACGCCAUGGCGCUGCCGUGCCAGUUCACGGGCUACGUCCCGAAGGGCAUCGAGUGGGGCUUGGUGGCAACGGCACUGGAAAAGCCCCACGACCCCGACGUGAAGGCGCUGGACAGGCUCCUGGCAGCGGAGAACAUCAAGCAGUCCCAGAACACACUGAAGGGGAAGCAGAAGCACCCCAUUAGGGGCUGCCGCCAGAAGCUGAGCAUUCCGAUGGACAUGGAGAAGUGUGACGCCCGGCUCAACAUGCACAUGGCGAAGGGGCUUGAACCGCAGAAGGGGCCCAAACUCAUGGCCGAGAAAGGCUCGGCCAGUGGCCGUCCACAGCUAAAGGGAUCGCUGGAAGAGAUCGACUACCGCGCGGACGACGGAGAGUACUGGACUCCCGACUUCUACUUCCACGGCCGUCCUCUCCUGCGAGACCACGAUCUCUUCGACGAGGCGCUGGAGUCAACGGAUCGCAGUACGGACUGGCACUUCAGCCCCGAGUGCCGCGGCUUCGUCAAGUUCGCCCUGAAGGUCACCGACGGAUGGGAGAAUGACAGCGAAGACGAUCUCGAAGAUGAAGUCAAUGAAGAAGGGGGGGAUUCGAGUUCGAGCGGGGACGAGCAGAAGGCUCUGCCGGACGAAACAGGUGGCAACGGUGGCGACGGUGGCGGUAUCUCUGCGGGCGGCACGAGGGGCCUCAGCUGGUCUUCAUCCAUGGUCAAAUCCAAGGGUCGUUGGAUAUUCGCGGACGGCGACGGCUGGUCUGAUUUCUUUUCGAUGCAGCGGACGACGGAGAAGGAUCCAGACUUGGUUUCUUACAAGAUCUUUCCGGAUGAUCGCGUUCCAGGCGGGGUAUCGAAGGGACAAAAUGUUAAGUUAGGUGAGUUUCGACAGCAGUGCAAGGUGCGAGUUCGUAUUUAUUUUGUGAGAGGUGUUUGCACGUAUGCUGACCCAGAUGGCUCCACAAACCCAUAUAUACAGUACUCGCUGGGAGGCCUAAACAAAGUCAGCAUGAAGAGUAUGGUUCGAAUGGCAGAACCGACUCCAGAUUUCUACCGUGUCGAAGAGCGUGAUAUAGAUAUGCCAGCUGAUGCGCAAUUGAUUGUGGAGCUGUGGGAUAAAGACGAGCCUACCAUGCUAGCCAGUGCGGUGCCAGCUGUGGCAAACUCCGACACGCUUAUCGGCAGUAGUUUCAUUGAUUUGGAGGAUAGGUGGUAUUCGAAAAGGUGGAAUAGAGAUAUGAAGCGUCAGAGGAUAUGUAAAGAAACCCGAAAGCUAACGAGUUUAAAAGAUCCGUUGCUGAACAACGGUACUAUCGAGAUGUGGAUAGAAAUGGUAGAGACGGAUAAGGUAUCUGCCACGAAGCUCUCAGCUCUCAAUCGUGAUCCUCCUGUUGAGGUCGAUGUGAGAAUUGUCAUUUGGGAGGUCAAAGACGUGAGGCUCGUGGACGGGGAUCACACCGACGCGAAGGUAGUGACGAAGCUCGAGUGCAAUAACAAAUACGGGGGAGAGCCGGGAUACCCCAAAACCCAGUCGACAGACGCACAUUGGAAUUGCCAAGACAAUGCCGAAUUUAACUACCGGGUAAUAUCCAAUCGAAACACCCACCACCAAUUGCACUAUCGGUUUUUCGCUGUACGACGAGAACAGAAUUAG